AAGCCGAGCCCUCGCUGCCAGCUGAAUCAUUCAAAGCUCCGACUCCGCUGCGUGCACACAGAUCGCCCAAACCGAGUCGACAGACACUCCAAGUGGAACGCUAUUUUCUGUGGAUUACGCGAGUUUCAUUCAUUCAACAAAGACAGUGAUCACCAUGGUGCUGGAGAUGGAAAUGUCCAAGACCUAUCAGUACCGCAAGGUGAUGAAGCCCAUGCUGGAGAGGAAGCGUCGGGCGCGCAUCAACAAGUGCCUGGACGAGCUGAAAGACAUUAUGGUGGAGUGCCUCACCCAGGAGGGGGAGCACAUCACACGCCUGGAGAAGGCCGACAUCCUCGAGCUGACCGUCGAGCACAUGAAGAAGCUGCGGGCCCAGAAGCAGCUGCGCCUGAGCAGCAGUGUGUCGCCCAGUGCCUCCUCCGCGGACUCCAAGCUGAGCAUCGCAGAGAGCUUCCGCGCCGGCUACGUACAUGCAGCCAACGAGGUAUCCAAGACUUUGGCUGCCGUUCCCGGUGUUACCGUCGAUCUCGGCACACAGCUGAUGAGUCAUCUGGGCCAUCGUCUCAACUAUCUGCAAGUGGUGGUGCCUACUCUGCCCAUUGGCAUGGGUGUGCCGCUCCAGACCCCAGUCUCGGGUGUGGAUGACGCCGCCCUGGUCACGCCGCCUCCGUCGGAAUGCGGCAGCCUGGAGAGCGGCACCUGCAGCCCGGCUCCCAGCGAGGCCAGCUCCACCUCUGGUCCCAUGUGGCGUCCUUGGUGAGCGGUGAAGAAGCAUUCUGGAUUCGCCUUCAAGAGGAAGGCCUUCUCAACUCAACCCAACUGAGCGCCAGCUGAACCGAGAGGUCAUUGGUAGUACUGCGCUGGAAUGGAACCGCGCAGCCAAUAUGUUCCCACCGCUGCUGCUCAGACGCCGCUCUCCGAGAGAGCCCUGCAUCCGGGCUAUGGAUAGCGGGCGUCGCCCUAUUAUUGAGAGAAUUUAAUUGAAAUCGAAAUAAAAAU